AGGUGGAGUUCCGCCCUCGCGGAGGAGGUGGAGUUCCGCUCUCAUCGUCGCAGCAGGCGCGGAACUGGGGUUGUGGCGGCUAAGUGUGUUUCCGGUAGAUUCCCAGGGGCGGUCGGAGGUGUAGACUGUUCCUGCCUGUCUGCUCUGGGAAGAUGUUCUACCAUAUCUCCCUAGAGCACGAAAUCCUGCUGCACCCGCGCUACUUCGGCCCCAACUUGCUCAACACGGUGAAGCAGAAGCUCUUCACCGAGGUGGAGGGGACCUGCACAGGGAAGUAUGGCUUUGUAAUUGCUGUCACCACCAUUGACAAUAUUGGUGCUGGUGUGAUCCAGCCAGGCCGAGGCUUUGUCCUUUAUCCAGUUAAGUACAAGGCCAUUGUUUUCCGGCCCUUUAAAGGGGAGGUCGUGGAUGCUGUUGUCACUCAGGUCAACAAGGUUGGACUCUUCACAGAAAUUGGACCCAUGUCUUGCUUCAUCUCUCGACAUUCCAUCCCUUCAGAGAUGGAGUUUGAUCCUAACUCCAACCCACCAUGUUACAAGACAAUGGAUGAGGAUAUUGUGAUUCAGCAGGACGAUGAGAUCCGCUUAAAGAUUGUGGGGACCCGUGUGGACAAGAAUGACAUUGUGAGUCUUUUCCCCGCCUCUACCUAUACCAGGCUGAGCGGAGAGCUGUCGGAUUUCUUGCCACCCAGUUUCAGGGGGUUCUAUGCUCUUCUGUCAGGAAGAAGGGAUGGAUGGGCAGAAGGCCUGGGGCUGCGGGGUAGAGGUUGGUUCUGUGCUCAUCUUGGCUUCACUUUCUUUUUACUAUCUUUCCUGCAGUUUGCUAUUGGCUCCCUGAUGGACGAUUACUUGGGGCUUGUAAGCUGAGCCUGGUGGCCUUCUACCCUUGGUCCUGAUGUAGGAAGUGUGACUGUCACACUUACCGUGUUGUCCAGAGGUCCAGUCUGGCUGCUGUUGUGGAGGCAAGGAAGGCAACUCAUUCCAGAAGGCAUCUGGUGCUGCUUUUAGCUUAGCUACUGCCUCCUGAUUUUUCAGUAUGUGUUCUAAGUAUAAAAAGUCCUUGGUUCUCAUG